AUGAAACCUUCAGUUGUAAAUUGCAUGAUUACCUUUUUGUGGAGUUUUUCCUUCACUCUUGCUGGACUACCCUUUAUCUACUUUAACAAUUGGGAUCAGGGCGUUAGAUGUAGCUUUGGCUACCUCUUGCAUGACUGGAUUUAUCUUGUAUCUGGCAUUUGUGAAUACUCAUGCAUGGCUUUCUCGGUCUUUCUGUAUGGUCUGAUAUUAAAAACAGCUCGAAAAGUAUAUGCAAAAUCUUUGAAGAAAGCCUCGGAGGGUCCCGACAACGAACGUAACAGAAAGAUAAUAAAGAACAUCCGUUCAGCAAAGGUUAUGGGAUACGUCACUUUGGCCCUGGUUCUCAGCUGGAGUCCAUACAAAGUAUAUCAGAUACGAUAUGGUCUCGAUAUGACUACCGAUUUUACCUUCAAUAUGUCCGGCUGGCUUGUAUUUCUGGGAAUAUUUAACAGUGCUGUGAAUCCUUUCAUCUACGCCUACCAACGAAGAGACUUCAAGAAAGGGUGUCAGAAAUUGUUUGGUUGCUACAGAAACGAGGGACAGCCAGGGUCCAAGGUAGAAGAGUCGAGUCGUUAUUAA